ACUCGUGUCGCCUACUCUCCCCCACCGCCAUUUUGGGAGUCAGAUUGUAAAUAUUACUAGUUCAGGAAACCAAAUACGUCCACUAAUUUGGUGGCAUUAAUAUGGUGCACACUUGCGUAGUGGCCGGUUGUCGGAACAGGAGAACUCCAGGGACCGCGUUAUCCUUUUACAGGUUUCCCCGCGACCCGGAGCGGAAGCAGCGCUGGAUCGCUGCUGUGAAUCGUGAAGGGUGGGUGCCAAACGAGGGCAGCAGACUCUGCAGCACACACUUCAUUUCAGGAAAACAAGUGAAAAAUCCUCGAUCCCCUGAUUUUGUUCCUUCAGUUUUCACCUCAGCGCCACUUUCCCCAAAUAUGAAAGAAGCAGGUUCUUGUGAAAUGUAUGAUAAACAAGAGGCACAAGUGGAGGCCGCCAAUGCUUUGCUCUUUUUGCAAGGACAAGGGCGUUUCUUGGAGGAAAAUAGCCAGAUGACAAGUCAAGAAGAGCCGGAGAGUGUUUCCUCUUCACUGAGCAGUUGUGACGAGGAGGAUGUUAAGACUGAAGAUGCUGUAAAAGAAGAAAUCUCACAAACAAGCGUACUCCAAAGAGGACAACCAGUCAAAAACAUUCCCCCUGACUAUGAGUCCAGUCUCGAGGCUCUUAAGAAAGAAAACAUGGAGCUGAGGGAAUCGCUAGAUAAGAUGUCUCUCACUGAGGCUUCCUUUAGGAAUGAUCCAGAGAAGGUUCGCUUUUACACAGGAUUGCCGAACUACUUUGUGUUCGAGACGGUCAUGUUGCUUCUCAUUCCACAUAUGAAAGGAGACAAAAAUGUCAAACUCUCCAAAUUCCAGCAACUUCUCUUGACACUAAUGCGCCUCAAGCUGGAUCUCAGAAACCAAGACUUGGCUUAUCGUUUUGGAGUCAAGGUUGCCACAGUGGCCAGGACUGUCCAUCGGAUUAUUCACAUAAUGUUCACCACUCUUGUGCCAACUGCUGUUUUUUGGCCCUCCAGAGUAGAGCUCAGAAAAAAUCUACCAGCUGCAUUGUGUUGCACAUACCCAGACUGUGCGGUGAUCAUUGACUGCUUUAGGGUGUCUCUGGAAAGAGCUCUCAGUGUGGAUGGAAAUCAAGAUGUUGCAUCUACAGCAUUGACCACACCAGUGCAGUCCACUGUGAAUGAGCUUAAAUAUGUCAUCGGUGUUGCUCCUCAGGGUGUAGUCACGUUUGUUUCCAGAGGAUCUCCGGGUCAUGUCAGCGACAAGAGUCUAGUUGAGAGUUCUGGCCUUCUCUGUAAACUCCUGCCUGGUGAUGUUGUUCUGGCAGAGCGUGACUUUGACAUUGGGGGCUUAGUAGGUGCUCGGAAAGCCGAACUCAAAAUCACUAGUAGCACUUACUUUGAAAAUAGCCAGAGCGGACUGGAUGGAGAUUUCUCGCCAGUUGGAGCACUAUCAGAUAAAGCGAUUGCUCAUAUGCAUGUUGGAAAGGUAAUAGACAUUGUUAAGAGGAGAUAUUCCAUGUUAACUGGACCAGUGGAGAGCCCCUUUACAGUCGUAGACCGCACUUCCAAUGUGAGCACUUUUGAUAAGAUUGUGCAGGUUGCUUGUGCCUUGAAUAAUCUGUGCAUUUCUGCUGCUCCCCUGGAAUGAUAUUUGCCACACUUUUGUAAAAGUCACUUUUACUUGUACCAUUGCUGAAUGCACCUUUAUUGUUUCUCUAUUAUUAUAGAAGACAUUUUCUGUUCUUACAAGAGGGAUCAGAACAAGGACUGGUUUACAUCUGGUGUUAAGAUGCAUUUUGGUCAAUCUGAUUAGAAGUAGACGAGGGAGACACAUUCACCGUUAUACCUGCUGCUUAAUCCAGCUGUUUUGUUCACUUUGAACCACUUUCUUGAUUUUUUUAGAGGAUUUCAGUGUAAUACUUUGCAAUAAGCUCGCACAUCUAAAUGAAAUAUAAUAGCAGACAGUGGAAAAUGAGAGCAAAGAACAGCAGCUUUUGUUUCUGCUACAAAACUGCAGAAAGCUGUUGGGUUUGUGUUAGAGUCACGACUGGUAGGAGAACUACUGGUAGUUGUAGAUCAAAGCUUAAAAUCUUAUCCUCAAAUUCAUGCAUUUACAGCCAAAAGUGAAUCUGUGUUUAAAAAAAACUUACAGUGGCUGAGAGACAAAAAUAAAAAAAACUGCAAAUAGAAAUGCUAACAAAUUGAGAAAAACAUUGUUAUGCACUUCAAUUCACACACAUGCACGCAAAUAUUUUAACGCAUCUAAAUACUGAAAUGCACUACAAGUUAAGAAAACCUUUCAUAAGGAAAAACACUAACAUAUUAAGAAAACAAAGGGACUAAGCUGAAAAGAAAAUUAAUGAAUAUUAGAAAAACAUCUUCGCUUUGACUACACACAUGUGCACGUAAAUUCUCACAAGGCAUACAAAUACAGAAACGCACUGCAAACAGCACAGACUACAACAGAAAUUUGUCGGGGGGAACAAACAAGAAAUCAUACAAUUAGGACAUUAACAUAAACAAAACAAACUCAGAAUUCUGACAAUUUUGCAUCCUAAAGUAGGAUUGUCACGAUGCUGGAAUUUGAAAAACGUUCAUUUUCCUCGAACAUUUGAGCACUGUUGAGCACGUUCUGAUUUGCCACUGUGUUCAAGUGCUCAACAGAAAUGACUGUAAUUGGCCGUGAAGGUCAUUGGUUCACCGAACUCAUCGCAGUUUACUGACAUACAUUUUUUCCACGUACAUUUGAGAGCUGUUAAGCACAAUCUUUAACAGCGCUGAUUUGUCAUUGUGUUCACAUGCUCAACAGAAAUGACUGUGAUUGGCCAUGAAGGUCAUAGGUUUACCAAACUCAUCGCUGUUUACUGCGUGUAACCACAGAUACAGAGACACUGGAGCAUUUCAUAGUCGCGCCUAUCAGCUGGUUGGUCUAUAAGCUGACAUACAAGUGAUCCGUUGAUGAAUCGCUGCUUUAAAGCGCUCCAGUGUCCCUGUAUCUGUGGUUACACGCAGUAAACAGUGGUGAGUUCGGUAAACCAAUGGCCUUCAAGGCCAAUAACAGUCAUUUCUGUUGAGCAUGUGAACACAAUGGCAAAUCAGCGCUGUUUAAGAAAGUGGUCAACAGCGCUCAAAUGUUUGAGUAAAAUGAAAAAUUCCAGUUUUUUAAAAUUCCAGUACAGACUGGUAUUGAAUUUUGGUAUCGUGACAACCCUACUCUAAAUAAGAAGCAGCGGGGCUUGUGACUUUUGUGUUGUCAAACGGAUGAAGAUGUUUUCUCAGUUUGUUAUUGAUUUAUAUAUGCUCAAGCGCACUUAAACCAUUAUAGAAACUAGAAGUGGUGUGCAGAAUGAAAGAAUUUAGGGCUUUUUUUCACAGAAACUGAACAAAAUUGCUCAGGAAAAGGAACAAAUCAAAACAUUUACAUUUACACAGCGUAUUUUGCUUCAUGCAAAUGAUUAAAUACAUUCCCUUCAUUUGUUCUUAAAGUUAUUCCAAAAGUCUAAUAUUUUUCUUCAACACCUUCAAACCAAACUUACUAGCUGAAAUCAUGCCUGGUUAGUGUACUUUAACAACACUAACUAUAAUGGUAGGUUGAGGAUGAGGUGUUUUUAUCUGAUUUUUAUUUGCAUUUGUCCACAUGAGCGUCUACAUUUAUGUGUUUGGACUACCUCUGGAUGUGGUUGAUAGUUUACAAAGUGUUUCAGCCUCCAUUCACACAUGCAUUUAUCAUCGUCCAUUUGUGAUCAGAUUGACAGAAACGCAUCUUAAUAUCAGCUGUUAACAGGGCCUUAUGCAACUUAAGGACCAGUUCCAAUCAUUAGUUAGGCACAGUUCACUGGACAAUCUUCCCUCUGUGUGUGUGUGAUUUUGUUUUACGUAAGGAGCUUCCUUAGUCUCUGAGCUGACUUUGUUGAUGCUUUGGUUUGAUAGAGACAUUCCAUCCAUAGCUUAACUUUAAAUUGGUAUUGUCGAGAGUGGAAGUUGUAUGCUGAGAAUUUCAACUAUUCAAGGCCCUGAAGAAUCGCCUCGGUCAGAGACUCUUAUAGUCAUUUACUUUGACAGCAGCUGCCUUUAGGUUCCAGUGCCUUUGUCUGAGUUAUGCCUCCUAUGGUUUUCUUUCGCUUCUGUAUAGAUAUAUAAUAUAUUUUUGUCAAUAACCCAGCAGUACUGUGCUUUUUACUUCUGAUGAUGCCUAGUCACUAUUACUAUGGGAUUAAGUACCAUAGAAUUACCAUUUAGUUAUUUGCAUUGUGUGUGAUCAUUGUUUUAAUCAACAUUAAUAGCAUUUAGCAUGAUGUAUUCACUCUGAAGUUCAACCAUUGCACUUGUUUAUCCUUCCUGGCUGUCACUCAAAUGUGUUUGUGUGCUCCAUUUAUCUGCGUUUGAGAAGAUGAUGCUUCUGUUUUCCCAUUUUUGUCAUGUGUCUGAUGUGCAGAGACGACCAACACAACUGUAAGUCAAUGUAGCAUCCUGUUGUAUAACAUGUAAGAAAAUGUUCCCAUAAACUUUGUAAUAACGGU